CUGCUGCGGGCUGACGUCCGGGGGCCGGUCGGAUCAGAAGGGCCUUCUCUGUGUUUGCGGUCCUUGGACGCUGGGAGGCGUCAGAGAUGCAGGGUUUCGUAUCUCGGAGCGUGACUCCUCCCCGUCGGGGGCUGGAGCCAGGGUGAACCAUCCUGGCGCGAGGUAACCGGGAGGAAUCUAGGCAGCCCCGAGGAGGGGAGGCAGUGUCUGCACUAGGGCCCAAGGUCACUGGGCAACGGGCUGACACGUAUUGCGUGCCUCAGGCCAGACAAGCGGCGCUAAGGACGCGUCAGUCCCCGGGGCUGCACUGGCUGUAUUCCAGUCAAGUGUCCACCGGUCCAUGGGACAGGCUGUUGGCCUCCGCCUGUCCAGCCUCUGACUCACUUGACUGGUGGCCAGAUAGCUGGAAAACCACACCCCCGCCGCGCGCUGCCCCUGCUCCCAUCUCUGGCGUUUGUAGGGAAAUCACUGCCCAAGUCCCGCUUAAGGUUACAGAGGGUUGGUAGAGAAGGCCCUAGAACUGGAACUGCUGUGGGGGUCCUGAUACUAGACCCGUGACUGCCAUCUCUCUCAGGUCCCUACGUCUCUUAGGUGACUGCCCUAUGGUCCUGCCCACAGCCCUCUGCAGGGCAGGGCAGGACGGGGUGUGACUGGAGCUUGCCCUCUGGCAGUUCAAGGCCACAGGUCUCAGACCCUGACUGGCACCCCAGAACUUUUGAACCCCUCGGGAAGGGUUUCUGGGCCUCUGGGUGCCAAGUUCUGGAGAGACAGAUCUGUCCCAGGAGUGUGGCUCUUGGGAGCUGCUGCCCACUCUCCUCCAUAGUUGGGGUGACUCAGCCCAGCAACCAUGCCAGGUCCAUCUGAGUCAGCUGAGACGGGGAGGAGCAAGCAGUACCCACAGGGAGGAGGAGCCCAGAAGCAGGAAGAGAUUCUCUUCUCACUUUCCCUCCCUCUUCAGGACCCUGGAUUGCUAGAGAGGGUGGAGAAUCAUUCUUCCUUGCCCCGAGGGCAGACUGGACAGGGUCCUGGCCUGGCUCCUGUGAAUGGGAAAAGAGAAAGGGGACUGGUGCAGAGAGCCGGUUUUGGUCUGGGUCAGGGAAUGGGGAAAUGGAGGCAAGGGGAGGCAGUGUGUCGGGGGGGGGGGUGUCACCAAAGGGCAAACCCAGAGUGGGGCAAGUUGAUGCUGUACCAGUCAGGUGGGAUGCAGAGGCCAUGAAGCCUGAGGGCCCCCUCUGUGCCCCAGAAGAGCCAUGGCUCCAAAGCGCAAGCCCCAGGUGCAGUGUGAGGGCCCUGAAAAAAAGAAGGGGCAGCAGGGGGCAGAGGAGGAGGACAGCUUCCGCUCCACCGCCGAGGCCCUCAGAGCUGCACCCACAGACAAGCACGUAGUCCGAGUGGGUCGCCCACUCAGCCACAGCCCUGGGACUCAGGUGCAUGAAGACUAUGCAUGCACCCUGAACCAGACCAACAUCAGAAGCAACAACAAUAAGUUCUACAUCAUCCAGCUGCUGGAAGAGGGUGACCGCUUCGCCUGCUGGAACCGCUGGGGCCGUGUGGGAGAGGUGGGCCAGUCAAAGUUCAGCUACUUCAAGCUACUGGAGGAUGCAAAGAAGGACUUUGAGAAGAAAUUUCGGGACAGGACCAAGAACAGCUGGGUGGAGCGGGACCACUUUGUGGCCCACCCAGGCAAGUACACGCUUAUUGAAGUGCAGGGAGACAACGAGGCCCAGGAAGCUGUGGUGAAGGUGGACGGAGACCCCAUGAGGGCCGUGGUACAGCACGUGUGGCCCUGCUCCCUGGACGCAGCCACACGGAAGCUCAUCACCAACAUCUUCAGCAAGGACAUGUUCAAGAAUGCCAUGACCCUCAUGAACCUGGAUGUGAAGAAGAUGCCCCUAGGGAAGCUGAGCAAGCAGCAGAUUGCACGGGGCUUCGAGGCUUUGGAGGCCCUGGAGGUGGCGCUGAGAGCCCCCACGGACGGUGGCCUCAGCCUGGAGGCACUGUCCUCCCACUUCUACACUGUCAUUCCCCACAACUUCAGCCACAACCAGCCCCCGCCCAUCAAAUCCCCCGAGCUCCUGCAGGCCAAGAAGGACAUGCUGCUGGUGCUGGCCGACAUCGAGCUGGCCCAGACCCUGCAGGCAUCCCCCGAGGAGGAGAAGGUGGAGGGGGUGCCACACGCACUGGACCGAGACUACCGGCUCCUUAAGUGUCAGCUCCACCUGGACCCAGAGGCGCCCGAGUAUAAGGUGAUACCCGCCUACCUAGAACAGACUGGCCACAGCUACAGGUGCCCGGCUCUUCACCAUGUUUGGGAAGUGAACCGAGAAGGGGAGGCGAGGGAGGACAGGUUCCAGGCCCACUCCAAGCUGGGUAAUCGGAAGCUCCUGUGGCAUGGCAUCAACGUGGCGCUGGUGGCCGCCACCCUCACCGGUGGGCUCUGCGUCAUGCCACCUUCCGGCGGCCGCGCUGGCAAGGGCACCUGCUUCGCCUCAGAGAACAGCAAGUCAGCCGGCUAUGUUACUGGCAUAUCCUGUGGAGCCCACCAAAUUGGCUAUAUGUUCCUGGGGGAGGUGGCACUGGGCAGAGAGCACCACAUCACCAUCGAUGAGCGCAGCUUGAAACAGCCAACCUCUGGCUCCGACAGUGUCAUUGCCCGAGGCCACACAGAGCCUGAUCCAACCCAGGACACUGAGCUGGAGCUGGAUGGCCAGCGAGUGGCGGUGCCCCAGGGCCGGCCUGUGCUCUGUGCAGAGUUCUGCAGCUCCCAAUUCUCCCAGAGCAAGUAUCUCAUGUACCAGGAGAACCAGCGUCGCCUGUGCUACCUGCUGGAGGUUCACCUCUGAGCUGUCUGCCUACCCCCACCCCUGGGGCUUGCUGGCAGCUAGACCAUCAGCCUUAACCUUCCUGCCCAUCCCUGGUGCCCCCAAAUCUCGCUCUUGUGUCCCAGGCAAUGAUCCCCCCCGCUCCAAUCUUUGCUAGCCCUGGCAUGGCCACGGCCCCAGAGUCUCACCUCCUACGGUGACGGGCAUGAUGGACUGCCAUUAUCACUGGGGCACAGACAGAUACAGCCGCCGUUCAAGUUAGAGGAGCACAGGCUGAGAGUGGGUGGAGUCCCACAUCCACCCGGGCUGUCCACCCUGACCCAGACCAUCUGCCCAAGAGGUGUGAGUACCAGGGCAGGCUGAACUUCAAGCAUAUAUAGCAAGUUUAUUAAAUAUUGUA